ACAGUCAAGUUCCUGGAAGUCAUCAAGCCCUUCUGUGUCAUUCUGCCGGAGAUCCAGAAGCCGGAGAGGAAGAUUCAGUUCAAGGAGAAAGUGCUGUGGACCGCUAUCACCCUCUUUAUUUUCUUAGUAUGCUGCCAGAUUCCCCUAUUUGGUAUCAUGUCUUCAGACUCAGCUGACCCUUUCUAUUGGAUGAGAGUGAUUCUAGCCUCUAACAGAGGCACACUGAUGGAGCUAGGUAUCUCUCCCAUUGUCACCUCUGGCCUUAUCAUGCAGCUCUUGGCUGGCGCCAAGAUAAUUGAAGUUGGUGACACCCCAAAAGACCGAGCUCUCUUCAACGGAGCCCAAAAGUUGUUUGGCAUGAUCAUUACUAUUGGCCAGUCUAUCGUGUAUGUGAUGACGGGAAUGUAUGGGGACCCUUCUGAAAUGGGUGCUGGAAUCUGCCUGUUAAUCACCAUUCAGCUCUUUGUUGCUGGCUUGAUCGUCCUGCUUUUGGAUGAACUCCUGCAGAAGGGGUACGGUUUGGGCUCUGGGAUCUCCCUCUUCAUUGCAACUAACAUCUGUGAGACCAUUGUGUGGAAGGCUCUCAGCCCCACCACUGUCAACACGGGCCGAGGAAUGGAGUUUGAAGGCGCCAUCAUCGCACUGUUCCACCUGCUGGCCACACGCACCGACAAAGUCCGAGCCCUCCGAGAGGCGUUUUACCGCCAGAACCUCCCCAACCUCAUGAACCUCAUCGCCACCAUCUUUGUCUUUGCAGUGGUCAUCUAUUUCCAGGGCUUCCGAGUGGACCUGCCAAUCAAGUCAGCCCGUUACCGAGGCCAGUACAACACCUACCCCAUCAAGCUCUUCUACACCUCCAACAUCCCCAUCAUCCUGCAGUCCGCCCUGGUGUCCAAUUUGUAUGUCAUCUCCCAGAUGCUGUCAGCUCGCUUCAGUGGCAACCUGCUGGUCAGCCUGCUGGGCACCUGGUCUGACACUUCUUCUGGGGGCCCAGCACGUGCUUAUCCAGUUGGUGGCCUUUGCUAUUACCUGUCCCCUCCAGAGUCUUUUGGUUCCGUGUUAGAAGACCCUGUCCAUGCAGUUGUGUACAUAGUGUUCAUGCUGGGCUCGUGUGCAUUCUUCUCCAAAACAUGGAUUGAGGUCUCAGGUUCCUCUGCCAAAGAUGUUGCAAAGCAGCUGAAGGAGCAGCAGAUGGUGAUGAGAGGCCACCGAGAGACUUCUAUGGUCCAUGAGCUCAAUCGGUACAUCCCCACAGCCGCUGCCUUUGGAGGACUUUGCAUCGGGGCCCUCUCAGUCUUGGCUGACUUCCUGGGUGCCAUCGGGUCUGGAACUGGGAUCCUGCUCGCAGUCACAAUCAUCUACCAGUACUUUGAAAUUUUUGUCAAGGAGCAGAGCGAGGUCGGCAGCAUGGGGGCCCUUCUCUUCUGAGCCCAUCUCCCAUCGGCCAGGGAGAGGACAUGUGCUCCGGAACUGCCUAGGAAAGGAGCUCUGGUCUCAGGAGAGUGCUGCUGUGGCAUAAGGACUUUUGUUUAAUAAUGUUUUUGAGUUUCAUAUUCUUUCAUUCCACUGUGUAAAGUGCUAGUCAUUUUUCAAUUUGAAAUUUUGCUUUUUAUUCUGGCGUUGGCAAAAAGAACUGUAGAAGUGAAGUUUUAUCCAGCUAACUGCCAGGGAGGUGAGAAUGCUGAAUGAUUGUCCCUGCAUGUCCAUACACCUUUUUUCAUAAUCUUUGUACCUUCUCGGUGCCGUA